AUGGCUGUGCCUGAAGCUGUCCAGAAGGAAAUCAAGGAUUUGCUGGACCCUGCAAACACUUGUGGGGAGCAUGUGAAGCUGGAGAAGAUCCUGCAGUCCUUGGAGAAAUUUGGCUUAGUAUACAAGGCAGUAGUCUCUCCAAGAGAGAUGCUGUGCCAUCCAGACAACAAAGGGACUUCAAUGCGCAACGCGCACAAUUGCCAUAUGAAAGGAGAGCAGGUGUUGAAGAGUGGGCUGAACAAAGACCUUUUGCCACCCAAUUCUUUGGGGAUAGAGCUUGCAGUGGGCAGCGCAGACAGGAGAAAGCAAUUGGAGGCCAAUGAGCAGAUGGUUGCCCAGAGCAACAGAAUGCUGGCACCUUUGAGAGGGUGUGAGCGGUUUUUGGGCCUUGCUAGUUCUCAUUUCAACCAGUUUUGCAGAGCUCUUGACCAUGGGUGCCUGAAGGCAGAUGGAACAGAGCUGCACAUGACACCAGACAUGAAGAAUCUGGUGGAGUCUGGCUGGCAGUGGACAAUCUUGAAGGCAGAGGCAGCUGAUAUGUUUCCUGAUUUGCCAGCCUUUUGCUCCAUGGGCAUGAAUGCUCACAACAGCAACACAGUCCUCGGCAAUGAGUUGGAAGUGAUGAUGGAGUUGGCUGCUUUGCACAGAAGUGGGAUGAAAAUGGCAGAUGCAGUUCAAGCUGUUUGCCAGAGCAGCCCUUCAUGCAAAGCAUACAGACAGGAUUGCGCCUACUUCAUGAGACUCUACUCUGGAGGGGAAACCUUCCCCAUGUUGCUCUGGUUGGACAAGUUCUGUAAAGCUUCUGGUCAUUCUCUUUUAGUGGGGGAAGAGAACAUGAACUUGCUUGCAUACUACAACUUCAAGUUGCCUGGGUGCCAGCUGAACUUUCUUCGCAUCGCACUCCUGGCAACAAUUUUGAGUUCAAAGAGACACCAGGAUGGGAUCUCUAAGUUGGUGUUCAAGUCUGACUUCGACAAGCUGAAGGGCAAGAGCUCCACCAAGAUUGCUGGCCAAGGGUUCUGUGUGCGUGUUGCGCUGUAUGCCCUGCAGAAAGAGAAGCAUGCAAGAGAUGGAUUUUGCUUUGAAUCCUUCCAAGCAAUAGUGGAGGAGCUUUCCAUGGAACUUGAAAACAGUGCAGGCGCUCCAACCUCAAGCGCUGUAGAUGCCAAAGAUGGUGAAGCUCUCAAAGUGAAGGACUUGGCGCAAGCAGACCCAAAUGAAGUAGCCAUGUUGCAGAAUGACCACAUCAUUGUGGGCAAGAAUUACUUGCACAAGGAUUACAAGGACCAGGUUUUCACCUUGGAGAGCAUAAAGGAUUGCUCUGGUGUCUUCAAGCAUGCUUACAAACAGAACAACAAGGCAAGUCUGGAUAUGGUGGCCUUCACAAGUUUUCCCAAUGGCUUGGUUUCUUUGAAGAAACUGAAGGUGAAGGAGCUGCAGAUUUACCCUGUUGGAACUUUGACCAAGGUCAAAGAACAACACAAGGUAGAUGAGCUUUUGUCCAAGGGUGCAGUGGUUGUCAAGUUCAAAGAAGUAGCCUACCAAGUGCAAGGCUUCAAGGCUUUCAACCCCACCAAGAAGGAAGAGUCAGGGGUAAUGCGUGCAUACUUCUAUAUCAAGGCCAGUGAAGAGAAUGAGGAAGCAAAUCUCAAUGUCAGCUGGAAGACCUACCAGGAUCUACAUAUACCAGUCUUGGAGAACUCCAAGCAGAUCGAGAAGCAGGACCUGGACUACAUGAUUGAGCUGGAGAAGGCACAACAUGGUCAGGAACCACCAAAGCAGAAGCCAGGUGUUGAGAAGCCAGACCUUGUCAAUGCUCCAUGGCACAAGCCCCCAAAAACUCCUUUGCCAAACACUUCCACUGAGCAGGGUGGUGUCAGUGAGCCUACAGUGCAAGAGCACCCAGUUGAUGACCAAAGUUCUUCAGGCACCAAAGCUAGGACUCAAAACAGCAAAGCUCAAGUGGUGAAGGGUGCAGCCACAUUGGAGGCUGAGAAGGUCAUGGCAGACAAUGCUGAAGCCUACCCAUCUGCUCAAAGUCGACCACAGCUGAAGUCAUCACCUCAACAAAUGUGGCAGCAGCUCUAUGGUGAUGGUGGGAUGUUGAAGAAGAAGGCAGGGUGCCAAUCUUAA